AUGGGGUGUGGUGCAUCAUCGGAGAAGCCAUAUGUACCUCAUCAAGCUCCAGAAGACCCUAAACCUGCAGUAGGAGCCAAGCAUGAGCAAGUCAACGUUGAGGGCGGUGGUGGCUUCACAGUUGCGCACCAGGCCGGCCGAGCCCACCCAGGUGAUCCAGUCCGACCAAAGGGACCUGGAUUUCUGCCAUUCGUGCGCUUCGACACGGCCGCUGUGGCUCCGCAAAUCAAGGGCGGUGAUCACAUUUACUUGAUCUUCACCUACUCGGAGGCUGCCAUUGAAGGCAAAGAAGACGGGAGCGUGGCCGCCGACGACAAAGAGUUAAAGAGCUCAUGUAUUUUCCGCGUGUGGCGGAAAGAUGGAACAAAUGCAGUUUGCAAUGAUGGCGAUGACGUCUUCUUCGAGCACGUGGACACAGGCAAAUAUCUCGAAGGUGCCACAGACACAAAGCCAUUGGCAUUGGCAGACAAGGACGAGAACUCCUCUGGCCAGCUCUUUGGCUUCUUCAAACAAGGUCGACCCAUGGAAAUGAGACACAGGGACACAGUUUAUCUGCAAACUUGGCUGCACAACUACGUCGAGUACAGGUACUUCGAGGACAGUAAUCUGUAUGCCAAGCGGUGGCAGAGACGGGAGCCGCAGACUCUGACCGUUCUCAAGAAGGCUGUCUUGGAUUCUUCCACAACUGAAGUUGCUCGGAAGUUCCAAUUCCAAGCCUUUGACUUGGAUGGAAAUGGGACGAUCAGCAAGAGCGAGAUUGACAUGAUGGUUUCGUUAAUACGAGGCAAAGAGCCAACCGUAGAGGAAAUCGAGGAGAUCAUGGUGAAAGCUGACCCAGCGCACACGGGCAACAUCCCCUUCCCAUCCUUUGCUUCCUGGGCCGAUGCUGGUGGUAUGACGGAAGAGGAGUUGAACCAUGCUGAGGUGCUGGGGAACGUCGCACAGAGAUGCUACGAUGCCUUACACGAAGAGUCGUGCCUUGUUGAGGUACUGGGCACCAUCGAUGGCAUGACAGUCCAAGGUAUGGUGUCUCAAUACUCUGAGAACCUGAAAGCAGGAAGCGUGAGCGAAAGAAUCGUGGAAAAAGCAGCGGCAGAGUCGGACGGAUGGUUUUUCUCGGGCAACUGGAAGAACUGCAUGAAGGCUUUGCUGGAGCCAGAGGUUGACCUUUGGGUCCGCUGCCUCAACGAUGCAAUGAAGGGUUGGGGCACAGACGAGAACUCGCUGUCGGCACUGGUUUGCACCAUCCCGGAGCGCCUUCGGAUUCCAAUUUUCUUGAAGUACUACGAGACAGUCGGCAAGGGUCUCCUUGAACACAUCGAGAGCGAGACGUCUUUCAGCUACAAAAAGGUCAUGAUGUGGCAAGCAAUGUCUCCAGAGGAUUGCCGUGCCAAGAUUCUGAACAAAGCUAUGGUUGGCCUAGGAACUGCUGAAGACCAGCUGAUCCGAGUUAUUUGCCAGCUGAAUUUUGGCGAACGCAGGGAGGUCAAAGAAGCCUAUCAGCGUAUGUACAGCAGAGAUCUGCUUGAACACAUCAAGUCCGAGACGUCUGGGGAUUUCCAGAAGGCCUUGCUCGUCAUGUUGGAGGCAGAAGAAGCUCCAUUCGACCUCGAAGCGGACUGUGCCGCGAUGAAGGAGGCGAUGGAAGGUUGGGGAACGGACGAAAUGACCCUCACCAAGAUGAUUUGCAACAAGACGUCUAAACAGAUGGAGGAUGUCAAUGCAAAGUUCAAGGAGCUGUAUGACAGGGAUUUGCUGGAGUGGGUCAAGAGCGAGACCAGUGGCUACUACAAAGAUACGUUGAUCGGCUGUAUCCGCCACCCCAUGAAGCAGUUGGCCCAUUCCGUGAGGGACUGCAUGAAGGGAUGGGGCACGGAUGAUGAGGGACUGAUCACAUGUCUGGUGCACCUUGAAGACUUCAAAAAGGCCGCCCUUAUCAAGGAGUACAAGACAGAGUUUGGUCGUGAUAUUUUUGCGGACAUCAAGGCUGACACCAGUGGAGCCUACGAAAAGGCCUUGUGCAACCUGGUGAAGCCAGCUCCGCAGGUUUGGGCGGAGUCGCUGACCAGCGCCAUGAAGGGCUUAGGGACAGCAGAUGCGCUGCUAAUCAACUUCAUGGUCUUGGCCAAGGAAGACAUGAUGGAGGUCCGAAAGCAUUUCCACACGCAGAACAGCAAGAUGCUGGAAGACUGGAUCGAAGCGGAAACUUCUGGAGACUAUAAGCACAGCCUCCUGAUGCUGGCUGGUCGAAACAGUGAGGAGACCAUCAGCAUUGCGCCGGUGUACUGGGCCCAACGCUGCAAGGACGCUUUGUUCAAUGUUGACACGGUGAAAGAAGUCCUUGUAUCGAUGCCCGCAACAGCCAUCAAGAGACACACGCAGCUCUACGAGGCAGUGUAUGGUGCAUCCUUGAAGGAGGAGGUGGAGAAGAAGUGCAACGAGAAGGGCACAUUUUUCUUCUUCACCAACUGGUGGAAGCACGCGAUGAUGUCACUGCUGUACAUGCCAGUGGAAUUGUAUGUCAAGGGUCUUUGGGACGCCAUGCACGGCUGGGGCACUGAUGAGUACACUCUCACGGGCCUGGUGUGCACGCUGCCUGAAAACCUCUACGACGAGAUCCAUGGCUUGUACGAAAAGACGCACGAGAGGAAGCUGGUAAAUCACAUCGAGUCAGAGACCUCGUUCAACUACAAGAAGGUUCUGAAGUACCAGGCCAUGCCUUGGGCCGAGAGCCGGGCAACAGCCCUGCACGGCGCAAUGGCUGGUUGGGGCACUGCAGAAGAUCAGCUCGUGCGGAUCAUCAUUUGCUCAACCUUCAAGGAACGGGAAGUUAUCAAGGCAACCUACAAGAAGAUGUACAGCAGAGACCUGAUUCAGCACAUUGAGUCCGAGACCAGCGGCAACUUGAAGAACAUCUUGGUUGCUGUGCUCAAAUGCACCCAUCCCAAGGCCUCCGUUGACUAUGACAAGGACUGUGAAAACCUAAAGAAGGCCAUGGAUGGAAUAGGGACCAACGAGAAGGCGAUCAUUCAAAUUGUUGCUGGCAAGACCCCGCAGCAGAUCGAGACCCUGAAAGCUAAGUUUGAAGAAAAAUACGGAGAAGACCUCUUCGCAAGAAUUGACAAUGAAACCUGGGACUGGGGGAUGAGCAUGUUCAUGACGCCCAACUUUCGGGCUGCCAUGCUGGGCUUGAUGAGGUCGCCCUCUGAGCGGCUUGCUUGUGCAGUCCGGGAUUGCAUUGUCGGUUGGGGUACGGACGACACCGGCCUCAUCACCCUGCUUGUGCAUCUCUCAGAGCGACAGCGCCGUGAUUUGGUGGAAAAGUACAAGGAGAUCAAGAACGGUGGCGAUAUUUUCAAGGCCAUCUCAGGCGACACCAGUGGCGACUACAAGCGGGCGCUUCUCGCGCUGGUGAAGCCUCCUCCCCAGGUCUGGGCAGAAGCCAUCCUGUCCUCCAUGAAGGGCCUCGGAACCUCUGACAACCUGUUGAUCAACUGGAUGUGCAUUGCAAAGGAGCGCAUGGACGAGGUCAGGACACAUUUCCAGGAGUUGGAUGCCCGCGGCCUGCCAGCCUGGAUUGCCAACGAGUGUAGCGACAGUGACUACAAGGACACGCUGAUUCGGCUUGCCAACCGACGCUGCGAGCGCUUCGCGGGUCAGGAGGUUGGCCUUAGCAUCGCGCCGCCGCUGACCAAGGAGGAUGCCAUUCUCAAAUUCACCACCACUUUCAACAAGCUGUGCAAGCUUCGCCGAGCGAAGGGUGAUAACAUCAUUCCUGGCGAGGAAGACCAGCAGGCCAUGGGAAAUGCGUUCUUGUAUUACGGCUCGUUGUCUACCUGCGCGCCGAACCUGGAUAUCCCAGGUCUUUGGGACUUGACGAACGCAUGCGGUUUCCCACCUGGAGAUGAUGGUCCUGAUUUGGUGGCAACGUUCCACGAGUGGGAUGUGAGCGGCACGGGCGAGAUCACCUGGAACGACUUCGUGCGCGAGAUGACGACACGCAUAAAUGAUCCCGGCCAUUUCGAAGCUGAUCCGCUCCCUGAGACGAUUGAUGCGAUCUCCAUUCCAGACAAGCCUUUGGGUGAUGGCUACAAAGCUCACUUGAAUAGUUUCAAUGCUUCUGACAAUGACUACGAGGAGUAUGAUGGAGAAGAGAAAGGUGCGCCGGCGCCACCUCCGGCCGAACAAGCCGUGGAUAUGUAUGCAGCCUUCACAGAUGGAAGCUGGAAAGAUGUGCUUGCGGGCGUGGCGCCUACGGAGGAUGGAGGUGUUCUGUCCGGGCCAUGGGGAGAGUGCGUCGCGGCUGCCGUCAAAGUGGAGUGCACGGAGGACUGGCAAGGCCGCUUUGAUGAUGCACCAGUGGGAUUGGUCAUUGACUACUUGUGCUCACUGGGCCACGGAGACUUUGCGGGCAUGGCAGAACAGAAGGAACAGGCCUGCAAAGCAGCUCUGUGA